CGUACAUACCAGGAGAUGCGCCAGAAGCCCGCUCCCCAGAAUACCUUUUUUAACCUCAAGCAAGAGCCACAGCAGUUUAGACCGACGUCAGUAGCCACAGAGUUCGUGGAUACAGAUUGGGAUGAAGAAGAAGAUGAGGAGGAUGAAAUGAGCGAGCCGGAAGAUAACUCACCCCGAGUGAGUCUGCAAUCGGCUGGGCAGCCGAGUUUCACAACCCUCUCUUCGUACGACGAGGUCCCCACCCCCCGUUCAAGUGCAGUCCCGCAGUUCUAUCUUGAAUACUCUCCGAAGCAGGUUGAAGGCCCUCGCGGGCCACACCUCUUCCAAUUCCCUGCCGACCAGUAUGCGAGGUUCCAAGCAGGUGAAGACGAUGUAGUUUUAACACUGUCGCCCAUGACUCCAAUGGUGCCUCGAGAAGUCGUAUCUCAUGCCCGGUCGUCUCGCUGGAACGGCCCUUUCCAAUACACCACUGCAGAGCUCGACUCAUCGACGCUGUCAGAAUGGACACCCGAGAUGGUAGCACAGUCAAUGCUCAAUGCCGGUAUUGAGCUGGCAAUUACGGAGAGGUUCAUCGAAAAUGACAUCAACGGUGCUAUCCUGAUUACGUUGAAGUUUGAAGACCUGAAAGAGCUAGACAUCUCUUCCUUCGGAAUUCGAACAAGGGUGUGGCAUCAAAUCCAGGCAUUAAUGGACAGCAGGCCUGCUUCACCCCAGGCUACGACUCCAAUUGAGGAUAGACCGAGCCGUGAAGCCAGGAAGGUGAUGAAAAAGGACAAUGCAGGCUCGACGCGACGCCACGAGAGCAAGCGCAGGGUCCGCCGGGCUACCGAUCCCAUUACUCCAAUGGAAUCAGUGUCCAUCAUUGGCAUUGAGCAAGUCAUUCCGAAGCCGCACAACUGUUCCAAGGGCGAGAAGUGCUCAAAGUGGAAGAAGCAGCAGAAAAUCAUUGAGGAGUUCAAGGCUAUGAACCCCCAUAUUGACAUCAACAAUGCUAGUGGAGCUGUUGUCAUCUAUGGCGAUGCAGGAAAUCCCGACACAGCCAGGGCUCUGGAUCCCAACGAGACGAUUCGGCCAUUUUCCGACUCGGUUCCGUCUGUGGUGGCAUCGUCCGACAUUCUUGGCCCUGGCGGCCUGCCGCCUCUGCAGUACCUUCAGGAAACGACCCUUCGAAACUUGCAGGCUCGCGACCCUCAAGAUAACGUUCGCCAGUUUCUCAACUUUCAGCGGGCCAACCCAAGCAGCAAUGAAGUGCCACUCACUCCCCCCUUUGAAGUUACACCAUCUGCACAACCUCACCAAGGCUUGCGACGUCUGCCAAAGCUUUCCAUCCCAGGAAACCCUCAGAACCAGCAGCAGCAGCAGCAGCAGCAGCAGGCAACACGCCGCUCCUCUCCGUUGCAGCAGGAGUUUGUACCAUACCAGAUGGACAAGGCUGACCCGUUGUCUCCCGACUUGGAAACUGCAAAGAACCCCUAUCGAUUCGGAACCCCAUUCUCCGAGAUGGAUGUUCCGAUCACGGCUGUGCCUAUUGGGCCCGUUGCCCGCGACGUCUCUCAGUCGGUGCCUCCCGAUAUGAACUACAGGGCCGCUCCCACCGUGGGCCACAACCGAUCCCAGUCGCGAGCUUCUGGCCGCCGCCCCUCUUUCCCUGUCCUUCCCGCCUUGGAUGAGAACCGGGCAACCCGCAACUAUCCAAGGGCCACCUCGCCCAAGUCGGCGUCUCCUAGAACUCCACCUCAACCUGCCCAAGCGCCCCCUCGCUUCAACUAUCCUUGGUCACCUGUUGACCGCACCACGUAUGAGCAGGCCAUUCCUCCCAUCCCCUCAGUGCGCCCUGGUGACUCUAGGGAGGCACCGACCGCAAUGCCUGCCAAUGGCAUCAGCUUCCAAGGUCCCAUGAAGAAGCGUAAGAUGCGCAUGCUUCGCCAUGAAUGGCAGGACGGCUACUUCACCUUGAAGGGCACCCGCCUGAACAUGCACAAGGAUGCUCAGCAGGUUGAUCGCACGCUCGAGUAUGUCGACAUUGACGACUACGCGAUUGCCUGCUCCAGCCUAGCAUCUACUUCCAAGCUCAGUGCAGCCUUCAAGGCCGUCUCUAUUUCCCACAACCGCGAUAAGAGCGAUCCCGUUGGUGCCUUUAGCUUCCAGCUCAUCCCUCAAGAUAAGAACGGAGCUCGGCUGCGCAAGCGUGAUAGCUCUCUUCAGCCCAACGCUUCGGCCGAGGGCGUCAACGGCACCGGCAAGACGCACCAUUUUGCGGUUAAGAACCGUGAUGAGCGUAUUGAUUGGAUGCGAGAGCUCAUGCUGGCCAAGGCACUGAAGCAGAAGGGCGAUGGUUUUGAGAUCAGCGUCAACGGUAACAUGAUUUAAAGUUGCAAAAAACAUAAAAAGAUACAUUUUAUUCAAUCUUUUUAUUUUCGAUUUGUUUAUCUGUUUAUCUGUUUUUCUUAUUUUUGAUGACUUUCCUAUUGUUUAUAACGAAGAAUGAAUGAUGACCAUUUCCUUUUUUUUCUUUUUUUCUUCUCCCUAUCUCUUCUCAAUCUCCUUGAUUCACAUUAUAUCCCCUUCUCUCGCUGAGGCUAAGCCGCAAGACUGCCUGCGCCCAGCUGUUGAUUCUACUUCUUCCAAAACCCCCCUUGUUCUCUUCUUGCAUUAAACCCCCCCCCCCCCCAAAGAAAAAUAUGGCGAGUGAAGACAAAGAUUCAUAGCGAAAGACGCGGG